CGUCGUUGAAAUCGACGGCGGCGUCACGAAAACGAUAACGAUAUUGUUCAAGGUGGAUUUAAUUAAUCCAUUACAAUGGCAAUAAAUGAUCACAGGUAAUCGUAUCAGUACAAAUGUAUUGCCGAAUUUUCGAUGUCGCCGCAGUGUUUUCAUUUAAACGAAAAGAUUAUGAAAUCAUAAUAUCAAUAAACGGUGGCGAUAAUAAUUAGUGAUAACAGACGUCUAAUCAACGCGUUCAGUCUAGUCUAUUUCCCGAGUUUCCGCGAAAUUCGACUAUCGUUAUACUAGUUUGUCGCUCGCGAUCCAAAAACGUCUCGUUUUCUCGUUUCAAGUAUUGAAGCACGGCCUUACGACGGACACACAUGCGCUCUCAUUAGCCGCCGAGAACUAGCGUGUCGCCUAGACUGGUGGACUCGACCACCGAUGCCCCGAGUGAGCUCCCGUCCCAUAUGAUUGCUACGCCGACAUGGCCGAACAUGGCGCCAUCGAUACGAACCCUAAACCCGACAAGCCUGCCGAAGAAAUGCUGUCGGAUUGGAUCCAGUGCAUUUGCGUAGUCACUUUUGACCUGGAGUUUGGCCAGGCGAUGGAGUUGGUCUACCCAAACAAUGUCAAAUUGUCCGAGGAAGACAAAACAAACCUCUGUUACCUGGCUUUUCCAGACUCCAAUUCCGGCUGCAUGGGAGACACUCAGUUUCACGUCAAAAUUAAAUGUUCUCAACCUUUGAAUCUCAGUCAACGCCAUAUAAAUUAUAACACAAAAUGUCCAGUUUUCUUACAAGCUGAUCAUCGUUGUUUGUAUGGGUUUGUUUUCUUUCGACAAAUCAAAGAUCUGUCUCUUCCACGGGGUUAUUUUCAAAAAAGUGUAAUUAUACUAUCUCAGUUGCCAUUCAUUAGUUUAUUUACUGAAGUUUGCGGGACAAUAGCACCUGAGUAUUUCAAACAUGGGAUGACUGGAAUAGAAGUAGCGUGGCAUGAUAUCAAACAGUGGCCAGAUUUGUAUGCAGGAGAAACAGUUAGCUUGCCAUUACUGGGAAUUGUUCUUCAAGCUCAACUGAUGUGUGAUAAUAAUAAAAUCUGCAGCUCAUCUAAUUCAAUGGUACCUGAUUACCAGCUACCAGUAGUUGUAUCAUCAUUGUAUGAACUGAAUACAUUUGGAUGUUUUUCAUCGAUUGUAUCUCAAAUGCAUCUUUUAUGGGAAUUAGUAUUAACGACUGAACCCAUUGUUGUGAUGGCCUCAUCACCUACCUACAGUUCACAGGUCGUUCAAGCUUUGGUUAGCUUAAUAGUGCCAUUGGCUUAUUAUGGAGAUUAUCGUCCAUAUUUUACAAUACACGAUAAUGAGUUCAAGGAAUAUAUGAGCAAAACACUGAACCCGCCACCUAUAAUACUUGGUGUAACAAAUCCUUAUUUCACAAAAACAUUACAACAUUGGCCACAUAUUGUUAGAGUUACUGAUACAUUAAAAAAAGACACCACAAAUAAAAGUAAAUUAAGAAAAGGAUCGAAUCUGAAAAUCUUAGAUGCUAAACCUGGAGUUUAUACCGAAUAUAAACCUUAUUUGUAUAAAGAUAAAUCAAUAGUGAAAAAACUUCUUAGAGGAAUGCAAAACAAGCGCCCAGAAGAAGUGCAAUCAGCUCUAUUGCGUCGUCACUUUUUAGAACUCACCCAGAGUUUUAUGAUACCACUUGAACGAUACAUGUCAUCAUUAAUGCCUUUACAAAGGAAUAUUUCUCCUUUUAAGGCGGCUCCUAAACCUUGGCCUUUUAAUCCAGACAACUUUUUGGCUAGUUUAGAAUAUGCAGGGCCUCAACUGACAAGUGGUAUUAAAGGAGACUGGAAGGGACUUUACAAGCAAUUUUUUAGAUCUCCAAAUUUCAAUGGUUGGUACAAUGUCCGUUACAAAGGAAUGAUGAUGAAGCUUCAAAUCUUGCAAAUUGAAGCCCUAUCUAGUGUGGAUAUUAAUAAUUGGCUUGAAGGAAAACAAGAAGUAGAAAUUGUUGACAUGAUACUGAAAAUACGCCAAAAACUGGAUGAAUGUGAAAGUAAAGGGUACCAGUUAAAUAAAAGAAUCAAAGAUCAAUUGAAAGUAAAAAUGGAUGAUAUAAUUUGUUCAUUGCCAGAUGACUUAAAAAAUGUCUUGUCAAAUAAAAAGUUAUCUAGCAGAUGAUACACUUCCAUGUAUAAAAAUAGAUGGAGAUUAAUUUUAAUCAUUUAGAUAAUAUCAAUGCCAUCUCACUAAUUGUAUCUAUAUUCAUCCUGACUUGGAUAUGUACAUUAAUCAUCAGCUUCAAAAUUGAUAUUAUUAUUAUUCCAUAGUUAUAUAUUUUUUACAAACAUGUUACAGUUUAAUACAUUUUUAAGUAUCCAAAAAUUGUCUAAAUAUUUUCAUUGACAUUUAUCAGUUAUGAAUUCCUAAUUUUACAUUUUUGUUAAAAUUAAGCGCAGAUAUUUUAGAAUAAACAAUAUUCAUACUGCCUUAAUUUUUUAUAAUACUAUCUUGAUUCUUCCAGGAAAU